AUGGAAGAGAUUACGAAAGGAGUGAGCAAGAUGGAGAUUGUGGAAUCUCUGGAGAAGAAUCGAAUUCAAGUUUACAAUACUGAGAAGCCCCUUUUCUUCUACGUUAAUCUCGCCAAGUUUACAAUACUGAGAAGCCCCUUUUCUUCUACGUUAAUCUCGCCAAGAGAUACAUGCAGCCAUACAAUGAGGUUGAGCUUUCAGUACUUGGAAUGGGAUGUCGACACCGGCGAGGAAGCGAUUGAUGAGAGAUUACAAGCGGUUGCAGCAGGAUCCUCCGAUUGGCAUCAGUGGCACACCUUGUGA